AUACCUUUCGUUCUGUUAUCCCCUCCCAAACAGACAAGGAACAGAACCAAACCCUAGAUCCCCCUUUUCUUCAUCUUAGUUUUGUCUAAGAAAAAUUCACAACUUAUCCAAGUGUGAAGAUGAAUCAUCACUGAAUCAAGAUCGUUUUAAACUAAAAUCACGGUCUAGGUUCGGUCUGAUCAAAUCAUCUUCCAGAUUUGUUAUGGGGUCAGAACAUGAUCACGAUGAAAACAAACAAGUUUCAGAAGAACCUUUAUUAGAAGAUGAAAACCGAGAUGGUGAGCAUGAAAAGAUCCUUUCAGAAGAUAUUGUAAUCAUUCACUCAGAAAUACAUUCAAGAUCCUCCUCUUCAUCAUCUUCAUCUUCUUCUUAUUCAUCACCACCAAAACAUCUACCAGAGACAGAUUCACCUCCUGUUCAAGUAAUGGACAGGGAUGAUAAUAGCAACUACGACCCAGACAGGAUCCCAUCUUCGGUUUUCGAGACAAGCAAAUCAAAUUUGCAAGCUGAUUGGAGCUGCGCUUCGAAUGAAUCUCUCUUUAGUAUUCAUAUAGGGAGAAACAGUUUCACUGUUGAUGCCAUGAAAUCAGGUGAGCUCUACAAAUCAGGAGAGUUGCUAGCUUAUAGUCCUGAGCUUCCUAUGCCGCCACCACCAGGAAAAGAAUCAGACCCUUUAGUCGAGUCGAAGAAAGUUGUUGAUUCAGAUGAUGAUGAUGAGAAAGAAGAACAGCCUCCUGCUGUUUCUUGGAAAACUCCUACAAAGUCUUACCGUUCUAACCGGAGCUCAAACAGCACGCAUUCCUUCUCUUUCCCCAUUUUAGCAGGAGCUGCAAGUGAUUCAGCAAGUGUAGAAACAGGGGAAAAGAAGAAACAAGAAAAGCAAUCAGAAGAGACAAAACCACCAGCAGAAGUAGAAAACCAGAAGAAUUCAACAAUGUGUGGUUGGUUCUCAUGGUUUCCUUCAUGUCCUUCGUGUUGUUCUUUACGUUCUCCAUGUUCUUGAAUUCGGUUUUUGCUUUUGUGUGUUUUACGGAUUAGUUGUGACCCUCUUAACCGGUUGAGUAAACCAGUUAAAUGGAAAUCAUGUGUUAACAUAAAAGUAAGUUAGGUUAACUAUUAAUGAA